AUGCGUAUCAUUACCCUAUUCUCCGCCGUAUUUGGUGCCUUCUUCAUCACAACAGUCCAUGCUGCUCCUGCUCAGCAGCUUGAUCAACAACGCACCCGGCUACUGUGCGAUUGGGAUAACAAAUAUCAUCAUAGCCAUCUCUUUGCAGGAGACUAUAAUUACGGUAACAUCGUUGGCGCCCCCAAACUGGGCUACAAAAGCUUCACCGAGGACGGCAAGGAUGUUUUGCGUGUUGUCAAGAUCGACCCUGACGACAGCACCAUUAAGCCAUUGGCCCCGAUUGAGGUCUCAUGCAACUCGACCGCGCUCAACUACUUUAGCCACCAGGGAGAGUUUGGCAAAAACACUCCGGUCAAGUUGUUGGCAGAUGUCGGACGCGAUGGUGUUCCUUUCUGUAUAGGCAUCCGCGACCCUACCAGUAAUCCGACCGACAUUGUACUCGUGCCAUUGAGCGAUUUCGAUGAUGAAUCGCAGGCCAAUCAAUUCUGGAUGAGCCAAUUCAAGUACAAUAAUCUUCUUCCCCUCGUUGGCAAGUCCAACACCUCGGAAAACGUCGAGCACAACAAUACUUGGCCUAUCUUGGCUCCAACCGACGAUGCAAAGCAAAUGGGAUACCGUGCCGGAUACAGCGAAGACAAAGCAACCUACGUGAGCUUUGCCUGA